GGGAAAUUGCCAUGGCAGACAGAGGACAUGAAGAAAACAGACAACAUCCACACAGUGCUCAAGGACUGUUGCAUAUGGCCAUUGAGGCUGGUGCAGGGUCAGCCACACCAGACCAAAUGGAACAGAUGUCUGAAGAGAGACGGAGGUGGCUACAGGAGGCCAUGAACAGUGCCUUUGCAGGCCAGGCUGAUGAAGUGCAGCAAAUAAAGGAAUGCCUACAGGAACUGAACACUGUUACAAGCGAUGAAGAUGGAGGUGGUCGGAAAAAAAGGGCACUGGAAUUGCUUGCAUACCUGUGUGAAAACCUUGAUAAUGCUUCUGAUUUCUGCAAGCUGGGUGGGAUGGAACUGCUGUUGAAUCGCUACUUGAGCUGCCCUGAAGCUGAGCUUUGCUGGAGAGCUGCUGACCUGAUUGGCAUCUGUAGCCAGAACGUACCGUUUGUUCAGGAGUGCGCAUUAUGUCUUGGUGCUAUUAACAAAUUGCUGCAAUUACUGGAUCAAGACAGCAGUGAACAAGUCAGGAUAAAAGCCCUUUUUGCGAUUUCUUGCCUGGUUCGGGAGCAAGAAGCUGGGCUGGCUGAAUUUGUGAAGAUGGAUGGCUUUUCUGUUUUAAUGCGUGCCAUGCAGAGUGAUGUAGAGAAACUAAAAAUAAAAUCUGCUUUUCUACUGCAGAAUCUGCUGUUUAGCCACCCAGAACAAAAAGAUGCACUACGUUCUAUGGGGAUGAUUCAGCAACUGGUAUCUUUGCUUCGCACUGAGCAUGGCCCUUUCCAUGAACAUGUCCUCUCUGCCCUGUGCAGCAUGGUGUCAGAAUUCCCAGUCGGUAUAGAUGAAUGUCGAGCCCUCGAAUUAGGUUUUGAAGAGCUGCUCAAAGAGCGAUGUCAACUAAUACAGAAGAAGGAGGAGUUUCAGGAAGAGUUGGAGUAUUGUGAGCGUCUCUUGAAGAUCUGCUUCCAGGAUAUUCCUGAUGACUAUGGCAUGGACCGAUGAUCACAUAAACUGUAUUCACAUAUAUUGCCUCAUGAUGGGACAAGAUGAUGAGUAAAAUAUCCAGUUAUGGACUCCUAUUGUGACUCCCCUCAGACAUAUGCGAUCUUUGUUUCAAAAGAGAAGUCUGGGAAUUUAAAUU